CCACCCACCGCUGAGGGACCAAAAGAGGCCAGAGCCGCGGACUCUGGGUGGGUUUCGGAGGCAGAACCGCCAGGCGAGUGCUCUGCCCUGGGGGGGAAGGGAGGGGGAAUUUGGUGAACUAUGAAGGGUCGGCGGAGGCGGCGCCGAGAGUACUGUAAGUUCACGCUGCUCUUGGUGCUGUACACGCUUCUGCUACUGCUUGUCCCCUCUGUACUGGACAGCGGCAGCGAGCAGGACAAGGGCGUCAGGCACUGCCUCCGCCUGCAGCGGAGCUUGGGCGUGUGGAGCCUGGAGGCUGCAGCAGCCCGGGAACGUGAGCAGGGCACUGAGGUUCGUUUCCCAGCUGAAAAAGACGUGGGUCGAUCCUCUUGGUCCCAAGGCAACCUCAGCGCCGUCGGUGAGACAGUGACCCAGGAGAAGCAACACAUCUAUGUGCAUGCCACCUGGCGCACUGGCUCGUCCUUCCUGGGCGAACUCUUCAACCAGCACCCGGACGUUUUCUACUUGUACGAGCCCAUGUGGCAUCUAUGGCAGGCGCUGUAUCCGGGCGACGCCGAGAGCUUGCAAGGCGCGCUGAGAGACAUGCUGCGCUCGCUCUUCCGCUGUGAUUUCUCGGUACUGCAACUGUAUGCGCAGCCUGGUGACCCCGCAGAUCGAGCGCCAGACUCGGCCAACCUCACCACGGCCAUGCUUUUCCGCUGGCGGACCAACAAGGUCAUCUGCUCGCCGCCUCUGUGCCCUGCCGCGCCCAGGACGCGUGCAGAGGUGGGCCUCGUCGAAGACAAAGCCUGCGAAAGUAGCUGCCCGCCCGUGCCACUCCGUGCCCUGGAGGCCGAGUGUCGCAAAUACCCGGUGGUGGUCAUCAAGGACGUGCGGCUGCUGGACCUGGGCGUGCUGGUGCCCCUGCUCCGUGACCCGGGCCUCAACUUGAAAGUGGUGCAGCUCUUCCGAGACCCACGGGCAGUGCACAACUCGCGCCUCAAAUCGAGGCACGGACUACUGAGGGAGAGCAUCCAGGUGCUGCGCACACGCCAGAGGGGUGACCGCUUCCACCGGGUGCUGCUGGCGCAUGGCCUGGGUGCCCGUCUGGGAGGCCAGGCCCGAGGGCUGCCUUCGGCGCCGCGCGCCGAUUUCUUCUUAACCAGUGCACUUGAGGUGAUUUGCGAGGCCUGGCUGCGUGACCUGCUAUUCGCUCGUGGCGCGCCCGCCUGGCUGAGGCGUCGCUACCUGAGGUUGCGCUAUGAGGACCUGGUGUGGCAGCCUCAAGCCCAGCUGCGCCGCCUGCUGCGCUUCUCCGGGCUGCGGACAGUCGCUGCGCUUGAUGCCUUCGUUCUCAACAUGACGCGAGGCUCGGCCUAUGGCGCUGAUAGGCCCUUCCACUUGUCUGCCCGGGAUGCCCGAGAGGCUGUGCAUGCCUGGCGCGAGCGUCUGAGCCAAGAGCAGGUGCACCAGGUGGAGGCCGCCUGCGCUCCUGCCAUGCGACUGCUGGCCUACCCUCGCAGCAGAGGCAAGAGCGACUUGGAAAGAGAGACACCACUGGAGACCAAGGCCAUCUGGGCCACAUAACACUCUGAUCCCCAGGGAAGAUCCAGCCAGGUCAGUGGCCAUAAACAGGUGAGCUCAGCAUGCUGUAUCAACACUGGAGGGGCUGCACGUGGAAGCAAUCUACCACACUGCCAGAGACUGGGAAUGAUUUGGUACCAACUGCUGUGCAAAUCUACUGGUCAGGAACAUCACAAGCUGUUAAGUAAUGACAGACACAUUGGCUGAGAUGAAAUUCCCAGAAAGGAAGUGACAAUGCAAUGUGGAUAUUUAUGGCCAUAAAAUAAGAAAAGCUUUAACUUCCCAGGCUGAACUUGGCUCUGCCUUAGGCAUUUCAACAAGGCAUCAUCACAACAAAGAAAGAGAUGUAAUCUGGUUCUAUUUCAUAUCAGCAGAUGUCUGGACAAAACCAUCAGUGUGAAUAAGGGCCAACUGCAGCUAUGUCUAUCUUGAUUAAAUUACUUCAUAUUAAAUAAAAAAUCUGGGUGGUAUUGUUUCCAAAAAGACUCAUCUAGCUUUCCUUCUAAUAGCCCUCUUCCUGUAGAACCAUUUUUAAACAGUUUUCUCUGGUGGUAGGAGAGUUGUAAUAAAUUGAAACUUUUUUUUGC